AUGCGAUUACGUCGAGGUACAUUGUUACAAUCAAUUCCACCUAUUGAACAACAUUUACUUCGGUACAAACAACACAAUUUAUCACCGUUUUCUCCAUCGAACGAUUGCCGAGCAGAUUUUCGAAUGGAUUUACGAUUAGAAGUAAAUCAGCAUUUUGUUCGAUUCCGUAGCAUUGUCAAAUGGAUUAUGUCCGAAUUUGUUGCUAUUACAGCAGCUGCGGCAGCGCGAAUCAUAUUCGCUAUCCAUGGCAUUGCCGCGAUAUGGCGCGUUGCCUUAGUCUAUAAACAAAACAAAUAUUGGUUCCAAGCUAUCACACUAUUCGGCAUCCCAGCUGAAUUCUUUGUUACACUCUAUGUCAAUAACGGUCAUGAAUGGAAAUGGUUUUGUCCAUCCGUGUUCUUCUAUUUAUGUACGGUUAUACCAAGCGUUUGGUUUCUUGAACUUGACCUUGCUGAACGACGUUCGAAGUUCAACGUAACACAAGCACUUGGCUUAGUUCCUGUGGCUCAAGGAAACCUUCAUGCUGAUACUGACGAUACAUUGCCACUUGUUCCAUGGAAAAUUCCGGCGGAAAUGUGGACUCAAAUUGUCGAACAAACUCUCCUUCUUGUCCUUAUUAUCGGCCGUUGGCUCUUACCUGUAGGCAAAACAAUGACGCGUGAUCAACUUUCUCAAUUACUACUAGUGUAUAUUGGUACAGCUGCGGAUAUCAUUGAACUAUUCGAAGCUUUUAAAGAACAUGACGUGCAGAAAAACUUAACUAUAAUACAUCUGAUCUUAUCUGCUUGGUCGAUUAGUUUAAUGCAAUUCACACUUGUUGUGACAUCAACGAAAACACGUAAAGUUCGAAAAGGCAGCACGGAAAAUAGCGAUGUUGGUGACUCAGGAAAAUACUUGACAUGUCGAUUGUUUUGGGAAACUGAACUGUGGGCACUUUCAACAACUAUUCUUCUUCAAGACGGUCCAUUUCUUUGUCUCCGCUUGGGUCUAAUCAUCCAUUACAAAAUUAUCUCUCAGUCGAAUGUAUUUUUCACAACCAAAAAUUUCCUCGUCGUUCUUUUACAAUUGUACCGUGUUUGUGUGAUCAUUAUCGAACAUCGCAAACGUUAUCUGUCAGUUCAUGCACACAAUGCCAAUCGUCAAACGGCAAAUCAUUUAGCGAUUUCACCACGCAAAUCAUCUUCAAACCGCCGAAAACGAACGGAGACAACGUCAACAACAGUCACCAAUCGAAGUCUACCAUUGCAAACGGCUUCAAUGACGAAUCUUCGUCCUAUUCGAUUCCUUGAGAAUCAUAUCGAAUUAGAAGGAAAUUCAGAUCCACUUCCACGACGAAAACGCGUCACACCAGCUAUGGUUGGCUCACCGCGUUUACCACCUGGUCGACCGACAAUUUCGCAUUCCAGUUCAUUGACAGUUGUACCACCAGCAAAUCUUAAUUCAAUAUCAAUUUUCAAAAUUUCUUUACCCCCGAACUAUUUAUUCUUUCUACCGAUUAAGCGAUUUUUGCACGAACAUUCUACUUCAUCGUCACGUGGGAAUACGCAGAAAAAGUUCGCCAAAUUUGAUCAUAUUCCUGUUGAUUAUGUAUCAAAUCUCCCACAUCAAUGUCGACUUUCACGAAUAAUAAUGGACUCUUCAAUGGGCAAUUCGAUGCUCGACUAUUUGUAG